UUUCAUUUUCAUUAUGAUCUCUGAAUGAUCCGAAGUUCUGAACUGAACCACGUGCCGUUAAGCUUCGAGUUCAGAGUUCAACGCCUCGUAGCAUAGAAACAACGGCGGCGGAAACCACCGCUCAGCGCCGGAGACACCGAUCUUUUCCCACCGUUUUUUAUUCCGGUAGCUUACGCUUUCUGAAUACUUUCUCCAUUGACUAUUUGUUGCCUCAGUCAGCAAGCUUUAUGCCAAUUGAAGGUUGUGCAACUGACGAACCAAACAAUGGUGAAAACUAAGGAAGAAUGCCAAGCCAUGAUUCACAAGAGUUUCCAACUUUUAACGUUGACAGAUCCAACAGUGAGGUUUCUGAGGGAACGUUUGGAUAAAGCUGGGUGUGCUGUAGGAGCCAAGUUUUUCAAAGCUGUUACUUGCAACCAGAAAAGGGCUGGUUAUUAUGAGCGUGGUGUAGGGGUAAAAGUGUGCAGCAAUUAUAUGCGAUUUCAAGACGAAGUCAACCAGGUGGUAAUUCAUGAGCUAAUUCAUGUGUUUGACCACUGUGUUGCCAUGUUAGAUUGGUCUGAUUGUGCUCACAUUGCUUGUACUGAGAUACGAGCGAAUCAUCUAAGUGGUGAUUGCCAUUACAUGCGAGAACUACUAAGAGGUUUCAUGAAACUGCAAGGGCAUGAACCGGAAUGUGUGAGAAGAAGAGUUUUGCAAUCUAUUUCUAGGCAUCGCAGUUGUGUUGGUCAUGCUGCCAAGGAUUCUAUGGAAGCUGUGUGGGAUAUCUGUUACAACGAUACAAAACCCUUUGAUACGGCUCCUUAAAAUCUACAUGGUUGGUGCUAUAGCUUAGAAUCGUAAUAAUCCAUUGUUCGUUACUUAUUUUGGAGGUAACAUUAUUCAGUCAAAUCACAGCCACAUUUCAAUUUGGGAGGCAUGUCAAUGGAGUAGUAAUGCCACACAAUUUGUCAUCUGGAUUCUGGAUGAGUUAUUCUUUCAGGAUAUUUUGUUUUAGAAGCUUUCAUUUUCAGGGACUGAAUCCGGGUUCAUUCUUUAUAUGUAUGAAAUUUGCAAUUGUUUGGAUAA